CGAAACUGAGGAUCGGAGUUUCCCGAGAAAGCCUACAGACUACAAAGCACUCUCCUCGAUAUAUAAAGGAGUCGGGAGUCGGGGCCGUGUUGUCACGCAGCUUCAGCUCGUACAGCAGUUAUUGUCCUGAACAAUAUUUCUGACUUCGGACCCUGGAAACGACGACACUUGAACUAAACUCGCACACCGACCAGUGAAGCCUGUCACAGCAGAAAUGUCUCAUUCUAAACCACUGCUCAUCCCGUGGCUGCGGGCCCAGAUUGACAGCGGCAGCUAUCACGGUGUCCACUGGACGAACCAGGAGCGAACAGAGUUCUGCAUCCCCUGGAAACACGGUUUGAGACAGGAUUCCUCCGACAGUGACAUCCUCAUCUUUAAGGCCUGGGCAGAGGCCAGUGGCAAUGGCCCAGCUCAGGGAGACCCCUCAGUCUGGAAGAGGAACUUCCGCAGCGCCCUUCGAGCCAAAGGCUUCAAAAUGCUCGCUGACAAGAAGAACGACUCCGCAAACCCACACAAAGUGUACUCCUGGCCAGAGGAGUCAGCAUCAGGAGCAAACUCUUCUGCUGGAUCCCAAGACCAAGAUGAGGCUGAUUUGUUGGAAUUUGUCCUUCCUGUACAAGAAAGCCAGGUUGUUCCAAACUUGAAGAAACUUGAAGACUGUCUCUUUCUUCCAGAAGAAGCUAUAUAUUUAGAAUCCACUGUCAACCAGGAUAUUCUCCAGGAGUGUCUCAAGGGGCUGAACAUUGGGCCUGAAACAGAGGACACGGCAGGCUUCAACGCUCCUCCUGGGCAACAGCAGCUGGAAAAUCAGGUUUUGAUUGGUGCACACAUGUUGCCUGGGCAACAGCAGUGUCCAGUAACGUUUGAGGUUGCAGUCAGUGAAGCUGGGUUGCCUGAGCAACCAGCACAUCCAAUGGUGGGAGCUGUGGGAGAGGCCUGUGGUGGGCAGUUCGUGGAGCAGUUCAUAGAUACCAUGAACAAGACCAAUGACAGAGACCAUUUCAAGACUCAGUUCAGGGUAUCUGUGUUCUACAGAGGUGUGAAGGUGUCUGAGCAGGUGGUUGAGAAUGAAGCUGGAGUCCGCUUAGUUUACAGGCCUGAACUCACCGGGCAAAUUUUUGACCACGAGUCAGGCCUGUCUGUGCUCUCGCUGCCAAGUCCUGGAGCCAUGCUGGAUCAAACCCAAGCCAAUCUGACCCAACGCAUCCUGGACAAGCUGGGCGAUGGUUUGGAUGUGGGGGUGUCUGGUCAUGUGGUCUACGGCCAGCGACGUGGUGAGAUCAAAGCUUUUUGGAGCUUCUCUAAGUUUGACCAGAGCGGGCAGCCCCAAGAGAUUUCUAAACUGCAGCCGCAACCGCUCUACCUGUUCAAGGACUUUUUGCGAGGAAUAAUGGAGUUUAUUGAGGGGAAAGAGAGCUAUCCCUGCUCCUUGUUCUUCUGCCUCGGGGAGAAGUGGCCUGACCCUGACAACAGGCCUUGGGAGAAGAAACUCAUCACAGUGGAGGUGGUCCUGACUUCACUGGAGUUACUGAAGAAUAUGGCUGUUGUAGGCGGCGCCUCCUCCUUGCAGUCUGUAGAGCUGCAGAUGUCCCUCGAAGAGAUGAUGGAGAUGUGCUGAUGCGCUUUGCUGCACUAGAAGAAAGUCAACGUUAUAAUCCUUGACAAGAACAUCUCAGAAAUGCUUGUUUACAUGUUUUAUGAACAUUUUAUAUUGUGAUUCAACACCAAAGUGAAUGGUGCAGUUAAUAAUAACAUUAAUAAUAUAAAAAAAAUGCAAUGGUGUUGGAUUUACCUGUACAUUUAAACAUUGAUAUUUCAAAUUAAUUUAUACCUUGAUAUUUUUAAUAAAAUACUGAAGC